CGCAGCCCGUAUGACUCACAGGGUCCAGGGCCUGCACGCGCGCCGCCCUCCCUAUAUCCAGGUGUGACGACAAAGUUGCCAACCGGGUACGUGAGUCACGAGGGGUGCGGGAUCACAAGGGAUCGCAGAACCGGUUUCGCGUUCGAGGUCCAGCUUUGAGCAGCUCUGGUACGCGCGAGUGAGUCACCUGCUGGUUCCCACGCGCCUGGUUGGCUCCCAGCUCUCCUCGUGCUCAGGUGUGCGUUUUACCUGGCGUGGCGGUGAAUGCAUUGCCUUACUCUGCGUUAGUAAGACACACUCACAUGUACUGCACGGACGGGAAACGUGUUGGUGACUGUGCGAAAGUCCUCGCGGCGCCUCGUACUUAAGCCCUUAUCUACGGGAUCUACGGUGCACGAGCACGCCGGACCGGAACGUGUGUGUGUGUGUGUGUGUUACAGCGCGGUUAACGGCCAUCUCCUGGUUCACACACUGCAGGUCCCCGUGACCAGCAUUACCAUUAUAAGGAGAUGUCAGUAGAAUAAGAACAUCAAUAAAAAUAAAUCAAAACUUUUUCAGUGGAUUUAUAUGCUUGAGAUGGUUCCAGUCGUUUUGGUUGUCUUUUUAUGUAAACUCUUCUAAUGUCUGGAAGAAAAGCCCUUUUUUCAUGUGUAGGACGCUUGUCUUCUGUGGCGCUGAGACUGUAACUGUCUUGUGAAUGCUGAGCGAUCUUAAAAUGUUGAUGUAUGAGCUGCCCCGCUCAGCAGCAAGGCCUUGGUUUACUGCACCGUCGUGUCAAACAUGCAGAUAGCCAUGAUGGACUGGUUAUGUGCGCGUUACACGUGUCUUUGGUAUUUGAAACGGAACAACGGCUGAAGGUGUCAUACCAAAGCGAGUUUGUAUGUACUUGGCAUGUUAAACCGUUUACAUUAGUACAAUCGGAAUUUUUCAAACGCUCGUAAUUUCCAAACAAACCCCAAACCUUUGCAUCCUUCCAUGUGUUUUUUUUGUUUGUUUUUGUUUUUUUGUUUUUUUUACAGUGAAAUUGUUGUCGAUGUUAAAAUUUAAAUCGAGUGCAACCCUUUGUUUUGUUUAAUAACAGUAAAGGCGAAAAUAAGGUCGAAAUGAGCAAAAAUGUAGUUUUGCAUUCUUUUAUGAGCCUGCAAUAACGUCACGCGUGCACGCGCCUUCACAUUUAAAGCGCGAGCUGUGUCACAUUUCCACUCCAGAAAUUCAAGCACGGACGGGUGUAUUAGAUCUUUUUAUUAUUGUGUGUGUGGCUGUUUGGAUGGUUGUCGUAGAAUAUAAAUAACACUGAGUUUGUGAGAAAGGAAUACUGAUAUUUUUAUUUACAUUUCUGAGACAUACAUUCAAUUUCAAUGAGAACAGUGGGACGAGAAAGAGGAAGUCGAACAUAAGGGAGGGAGAUGGCUCGAUUAAGACAGACAAACUUGAACACAGUUGAGAUCUGAGACUCAAAAUAUUUAACCAGGAAACAUCAACUUACUUUAGCACUAAGCUUAGGAGCUGUUUUAUAAGUUGCAUGUUGUGAAGAAUGGGAGAAUAUGGUGUCUAUUUUGAAAACAAGAAUAAAAAACACAAAGACCAUUAUGGAAAGAUAAGAGAAUGAUGGCGUGUUGAUAGAUGAAGGGCUAGUGUGCACCUUGGGACAUUCUGAGGUAAGCGUUUUUACACGUUUUACAUAUAUAUUCUUGACUGCGAGGCCGAUUAUUAAGAACGAGUUUCAUUUUGUUCCGUUUUUUCUUUGCAGCGCAUAUUUUCCAGUGCUUAUUUCCGUGCAACUGUCCACGAGCAGUGUGGUUUUGGUUUUUGCGCUGAGUAUAGGACUGGGUCAGCGUUUAGUAGCAGAAUCAAAAUAUCUUCUCAGCACAUUGGGCCCGCUUUCAUACGGAGUUCCUUACCGUAGCUUUAAUCACUGUAGUAACAGACGGGGGUGACGCACAUGGACACACAACUUCUAACUGAUAAGCAAAUGUGGCAAAGUUGACAACUUCCUCAAUCGCAGCUACAUACUGGACCAUUCAAGCCUCUUUACGUUUCCUCUUCAGGGAAAACAACCGUUUCUCUCCCGUGUAUUCAAUACAUCACUGGACUGAACACAGCGUUUUCAAGCCAUGUGGAAAAGCAACAUCUCUGUCCACUAGAUGGCGAUGUUAGCUGUUAGUUCCUGCAAUGGUAUGUGAUGUUCUCGCUACCAGGGUGACAGACUCUGCGUCUGGGGAAGCGCUGGCCAGUUCAGUUCCAACAUCACACACCUGAUCAUAGCAUAAAGAAGUUUAGCACGGAGCUCUCGCUGCCAGACUACAUUUUAUACUGUUUCAGCAGAAAACACACUCUCAGUUAAGAGUUGUAGCAUGCCAACAAUCCGGCUGUUGUGUGCUAGAAAAGAAGGAGUCCAAGAUUCUCGUUAAAUUCAAUGACAAUUUCCAAUUUGCCAAGAGUGGACCUUGAUUCGACUGAGAAAUUAGAAGCACAAAUGACUAUAUCUGGCUCAAAGCAAGCUCGGGAAAAUGUCCCUGGUGGGCUGGGUUCCUGAAUUCUACUGGAAGUUCCUUAAUAAUUUUGCACCUAUUCUGAUAUUUAUAAUGAAUCUUCCCAUUCAACAAAAUGGGCAUCAGCACUCGCGCAAGCCUCCAUUUCACCAACUUUAAAGAAGCACGAGACAAGCGACCUUUUGUUUAAGGUUAAGAGUUGUAGCAUGCCAACAAUCCGGCUGUUGUGUGCUAGAAAAUGGGACGCAGGCGAUAAACCUACAGUGUGAAAAUGUCUGAGGUGGAAUCCUCACACUGUGUCGUCUAGAGUAGUGGGUCCUGGAGCAGGUUGAGCUGUGUGCGGCUGGGCAGCUCGUCAAGUAAAAGCUCCUAUUUAUUUCAAAUUUUUAUUUUCCCUUAUCUGAUAAAAAAAAACCCCAACAAGCUGCAUCUGUCAACAGGCAUGAUAAGGGCACGCAGUGAGAACAGGAAACCCACAUGCUUUCAUUUCCUCCCAUCAGUGCUGGUGCUAGACUGUGCUACUCCUUUUAACUCGCUAGACGUUCCGCAGCAGUGAUCUGGCAGGGUGAUGGGGUUCAGGAUGCGUGGCCUUCUCCUCUGGCCGUGGCAGCAGGUUCUGCUAGGGUUCCUCGGAUGUCUCCUGUGCACAGAUUUGUGCCGCGCUCAGCGCCUGGUGGAGAUGCCGGUGGGUCCGCUCUACCGUGUGAAGGGUUUUCCCAUGUCCCUCUCCUGUAGUGUCAGUGGCUUUAAGGGAUCCGCCUGGCAGGAGUUUGCCUUCUCCUUGUUUAAACCUGAGGCCCCAGAGCUGGAAAUCCAGAUAAUUCACACCGCUGACCAGAACUAUGCUUAUGCCAUGUUCUCCGGGAGAGUGCGCAACAAAGACAUCAUGAUCGAGAGGCUGUCUGGCUCCUCCGUUGUUCUCCACAUUUCAUCCCUGCAUGCAAAUGAUGCGGGGACCUACGAGUGUUAUACGCCAAACACAGAUGGGACUUUUUUCGGAACAUACAAUGCAAGAACGACGGUGAACGUCAUUGAAGACACCCUGGUGGCGUUGUACUCCGGCCCUGCGUCUCACAGCAUGUCUGAGGGUGCGUCCCUGCAGCUGGAAUGUCAGGUGUCCAGUCAGACCUUCCAGCACACACACGUGUCCGUAACGUGGCAUGUGCACGGCCCCACGCAGAACUCCACCAUCAUCACGCUGGACAGGGACCUGACCGUGAGGCCAGGCUCAGCAUUUGAGCAGCGCUACCGUGCGGGACUGGUCAGCAUGGAGAAGGUGGACGACACCACCUACAGGCUCCGGAUGAGUGAGGUACAGCCGGCCGACAGCGGAGAGAUCUUCUGCCAGGCCGACGAGUGGAUCCUCGAUCCCGAUCGCUCCUGGAUGCGCAUUGCCUACAGGAACACCACGGGCUCCAGCGUAAGAGUGGAAGCUCUGGCAGUAGCCCCUGAUACAGACUCCUUCAUCUCACAUGUGGAGCUUGUGUCCGGGAACGUGGAGGAGGGAGGGAGACUGGCGAUCCGCUGCAGGGUGGAGGCCCGGAAUCUUAAAACACGUUUCUUCUCCGUCACCUGGCUGAAGGAGAAGCAUGAAGUGGCCCAGAUAGGACCUACUGGGGUUCUGACCGUGUUUGGUGACUACGCCGGGAGACACAGUGACCGAGAGCUGAGGGUUGUGAAGGUCAGUGAGGAUGUCCUCACUCUCACCAUCCAACCAGUCAGGACCGGAGACCAGGGCGGCUACCAGUGUCGAGCGUCAGCGGAGGAGAGGACAGACUCCGGGCUGUUCAGCAGAGGACGCAGUGAGGUGUCCCGUGAAGAGUCUGUGCUCAUCACACCCAAAGAGAGCAGUCUGGCUGUGUUCGUGACGCCGCCGCUGGUCCAGGUGACCGAAGGGGAGAUGCUGCAGAUCACCUGCAGGGUGUCUGGAGUCAGAGGGCCGACGUCUGUCUCCUGGAAACACAAAAAAGCGUCCGGGAGUGCCUUCGACGACGUGGUCCGUCUGAGUGCGGAGGGCGUGAUGGAGCCCACGCCUCUCUACCAGCAGAGGGGCGUCCGCGUGUUCCGGCCCAACUCCACAGACUUCACCCUGGAGGUGGCCGGGGCUGUGCUGUCUGACAGCGGGGAAUACAUGUGCACCGUGACCGAGAAUGCCGGGGACAUGAGCAAAGCCAACAGUAACUCUCAGCAAGCCGCCGUCUCUGUUCGGUCCAUCGACUCUCUUCUACAAGUGGUCUUGAAAAGUCGUGACACAAACGUAGUCGAGAAUUCAUCAGUCAAGAUGAUUUGCUCGGUAUCAGCUCCUCAAGUUCCAUUAGCUGUGACAUGGAAGUUCCAACCUCAGAAUUCCCAAGCCCAGAGAGACAUUGCAUGCGUGGGCCACACUGGCACCAUGUCGUGCAGAGGAGAACAGAGGGACUAUUGGCUGGAAACCCAACGGCACGGAUCAAACACACUUUUUAUCCUCAAGGUGUUGAGGGCAAGAAGGAGACUACAGGGGCGUUACCAGUGCCAGGUGGAUGCAUAUCUGAACGACCUCCAGAGGGCUGAGAAGGUCUCCAAUCAACUGGGAAUUAAUGUCCACAGACCUGAGAGCACGAUGUCUGUCUUCACCAAGCCCAAGUCUCGCUUGGAAACCUCUGUCAGCAGUAAUGUGAAGGUUGACUGUCUGAUCACCUCUCCAACCUUCAACUCCUCCAGAUUCGGAGUGGCUUGGAUGAAUGGUGACCUCACUUUGCUAAAAAUGGAUCACGAAGGUGUGUUGUCUCUGGGUCCUGCCACCCAGGACAUGGAGCAGAGGGUUGGCCUGACGAUGAUUGGGAGGCACUCCUUCCAGCUGACCGUUCAGCAGGUCAGGUCAACUGACCGGGGCUUAUACCGCUGUCUGGUAGAGGAAUGGGUCCAGGAUCCUGAUGAUAUCUGGUAUCAACUUCAAGAAAAAAAUGUCACCAUGGAACUUGUUGUCACUGAAAAAGGCUCUGAUUUCAGCCUGGAUAAGCGGGACACCUCACUGUCAGUCCCAGAGGAAGAGGUGCUGACUUUAGCCUGUUUGCUGAAAACAGCAGGACUGGAUUCCAUAUUUCAGUACUCUGUCAGCUGGUUCUUUGAAAGGCACGAUCAGAAAUCCCCCACCAUUGAGCUUCUGACCUACACCCACGAUGGACGUCUCAUAUUCCACGACUCGGAGCUCCGGAACAGACUGCAGUUCUUCAGACCUGAGGUCCGGAGCUUCCAGCUGUCCAUCCUGCGGUCUGUCGCCUCUGACAGCGGACGCUACUACUGCCAGGCGCAUGCGUAUGAGCGUGGCGGUGAUGGUAAAGGGGUGCUGAAGGCCAGUGACAAGUCGGGUAUUUCCAACGUCAUCGUGACCUUGACAGAAAACAAACUCCAAGUGAAGAAAGCGAGUGAGAGUCUCAACAUUACUGACCCCCAAGGUGGCGUCACCGUGGAGUGUGAGAUCAGCUCUCGCUCCAGUGACAGGUCCAUGUUUGAAGUGACCUGGUCCAGGCGUAGGGGAGGAGAGCAACCUCUCCAAAUCUUCACUGCCAGUCGGGACGGGACAUUGCACAGUGGCAUGCGGGACAGAAAGCUGGUGUUCGACCGGCCAAGUCUCAGCAUCUACACACUCACUGUACCCGUCAGUGACUCCUCUGACAGCGGCCAGUACCGGUGUGAGGUGCAGGAGUGGAUACAGACCACUACAAACACCUGGAGGAAGGUGGCAGAGGACACAUCAGGCGAACUUUCUGUUCGUGUAGAAUCAGAGGACAAGCCAAGUACAGGGACUUUUAUUUUGAAGGAGUCGCUUGAUCAUUUAAACAUCACAGAAGGAAAGCAUUUUGAUCUUAGUUGCUCUAUUAUUGUUGAUAAAUGGGACCCUACAGUCCAGUACACUCUCACCUGGUAUGUGGAGAGGCAGGAUUCCAAGAGCAGAAGUUUUUUGCUCACACAAACCUUUCAUGGGCAUCUAGAGUACCAGUCGGAGAACCAGCAACUUAAGAGCCGUCUCCAGUUCUCCAGGCCCACUGGCGAACGCUUUCAUCUCAGCGUUUUGAGCUCAGUUCCAGCUGACAGCGGAAGGUAUGUGUGCAAGGUGGAGCAGUACCAGCUUGCUGAUGGACAGUGGCAGAAAAGUGGCUUACCACAGUGGCGUUCGAUCCUGGUCACCGUCAACAGUACCGAAAACAAACUCCAAGUGAAGAAAGCGAGUGAGAGUCUCAACAUUACUGACCCCCAAGGUGGCGUCACCGUGGAGUGUGAGAUCAGCUCUCGCUCCAGUGACAGGUCCGUGUUUGAAGUGACCUGGUCCAGGCGUAGGGGAGGAGAGCAACCUCUCCAAAUCUUCACUGCCAGUCGGGACGGGACAUUGCACAGUGGCAUGCGGGACAGAAAGCUGGUGUUCGACCGGCCAAGUCUCAGCAUCUACACACUCACUGUACCCGUCAGUGACCCCUCUGACAGCGGCCAGUACCGGUGUGAGGUGCAGGAGUGGAUACAGACCACUACAAACACCUGGAGGAAGGUGGCAGAGGACACAUCAGGCGAACUUUCUGUUCAUGUGCAGCCUAGCGAUUUGUUAGCAUCUGCCAGCGAGGCCCACUCGUCUGGGAUCAUGCUGGGUAUUGGUUUGCCCAUUAUCGUCAUCCUGUUUAUAGUCGUCGUGUUACUGGUGAGAGAAGUUAAGAAAACAUCUGCUUCUAAAAACAAAGAGACUUUCUGGCCUGAGAACAACCCACUUAAGACCAUUACGGACGCCGCCACAGACGAGGAGCACAGUGCCAGUUAAAACGCCAGGAUCACAUCCCAGGCUGUAAUAACAGAAAUCAGUGUUGUAUUCUAGUAGAAGUAUGAAUGUGGAUACAUCAGAAUGGAUAUGUAUUUAAUUGCCUUUUUCACCGCACGAUCACUGUGGUCUGGUGGCAGAGUCGACGUAAACAGGUGGAGUGAGAAGAGCUUUGGAAACAAAUGCAUAAUUGCAUUUCUACUGCAAAAGACAUCCUAGCAUCUGUUUUAGCAAAGACAGUAUUCUGUGUUCCUGUGUAGAGGUUUUGGGGUGGAUGUCUAAACUCACUUCCUUCUCCACCUUCAGUCUCGGAACCUUUUAUAGACCAGGACUUAGUUAGGGUUACCAUGGAGGACCCCACCAGUGAGAAACAUCAGUGCAGAAGAUUAGCGUGUCCCAAAGUCUUCCUGCUCCAGGUCUCUAACGUUCAGUGUGCCAUUUGUAUCUCCACUGGUGGCACUCAUUUGUCGUUGUGGAGAUUGUAUCACUAUUUUAAAAUGUCUGCUUGCCCAGAAAGGCUUACCUGUUAUUGAGUUGGCCUGUGGAAGUUGGUUUUGUGUUAAAUUUUGUCCUGUUCACGUCUGGUUUCGUGUUAAAGCUCGUCCUGUGUGAUGGAAUGUUUGGAUCACGUUCCCAUCACAAUCACUGAUCUACAGAAGACACAAAUGGCUUUUAACUUUUACAGUAAUGUGACUUUAGAUGCUGACUGACCACUUCGUGUAAGACAGUCACGAUCUGCAUUUAAAGAAUUGUAUGAAUAACAGACUCAUUCUUAACAGUGGGAGGCGUGUGCGCACGCUGUGUGUGUGUGUGUGUGUGUGUGUGUGUGUGUGUGUGUGUGUGUGUGUGUAUUAACCAUUGGAUUAGUGAUUCUGUAUAUGACGUGAUCAUGUCUUUUAUGUAUAACUUAUCUGACAGUUGCACAGUUAUUUAUGUGUGAAACCCUUUUCUUUCUGUCGGGCUGGCGUGUCGCUCAGGGGCAGUGGUGUUUCAGUGAUUACGGUACUUGCCAUUGUUGGGGCCCCCUCAGCAAGACCCUUAACCCAAGUUACUCAGUCGUAAUUGUGAGUUGCUUUGCAUAAAAGCUUCCGCUGAUACACAGAGGAAGUUUGGUCAUUUGUGCAGACUUCCUUUUUGGUAACCUUGUGGCUUUUUUUCUUACGCAACUAAGGCUUUGUUCCGUGCUGAUACAUGUUUUAAAUAAUUUUAAUGUAUGUUACUUAUACUUUUAUGUUCAUUACGGCAGUGCAAGUGUGAAUAUUUGUUAUGGCAAUAAAACACCAUUGAACUGAAUUGAA